UCACUGAAGCCUUACCUGUGCAGUCGACGCUGAUUCGAGAUCAGCUCCUUUGCUGCGAGAGUUGCUGUCCAGCGAUGGAAUCAGAUCAGCAGAGAGGGCGAGAGGCCUCUCAGAAGAGGUCACCUUUGGAUCUGAUAAUGAACCAGAUUCGGAGGAAAACCUCCUUCACAGAACGAAAGAAGCCGUCCAUGGGUCGCCUCUUCCGACCAUCAGUGAGCAGCGACAAGAACGGAGAAAUUCCUGAGACGAAGGAAGCAGAGAGCAGUGAGGGGAAAGGUAGCACAGGACCUGGAACAGAGAGCAGUGACACCGACUCUGAGAUCAGCUCUGUGGUGGGAUGGGGCCGAGUGAAGCAGUUUGUCCAGAAGCUCGGAAAGACACCAGACAGUCAGAGCUUAAGCCUUGCUCACUGUGACCUGACAGCCACUGAUGUUGUUGAGCUUGGAACCUUGCUGCCGUUCCUGGCUCAGUUGGAGGUGAUGGAUCUCUCCUGGAAUGACCUGCUGGGAGGCUCUCUGAAGGCUCUGACCUGUCAUUUGCAGCAUGUAGGCAAACUGAAAGUGCUGAAAGUGAGCAGCUGCAGACUCACAGCUCAAGACCUUACGGCACUGGGGGAGGCUCUGGACUGUGUUCCUUUGAUGGAGAUGCUGGAUUUGUCCUGGAACGCGGGGGUAGGGGGAGGAAAUCUCCAUUGCUUAACCAAGCAUCUCCACUCUGCCAGCUCUCUGAGGGAGCUCCACCUGGUCGACUGUCAUCUCUCUGAAGCAGAUGCUGUGGCACUUGGUGAAGUUCUCCUCUUAUUGACUUGUUUGGAGGUCUUGGACCUGUCCAACAACAAGCUGAUGGUAAAGGGGGUGGAGCAUGUGGCCUCCUCUCUGAACUCCACUCCACAGCUGAAGACCCUGAAGCUGAGCAUGUGUGGACUGAAUCAGGAUAGCCUCGCCAUUCUGGGUGAGAAACUGAGGUUCCUCCCAGGCCUGGAGCAUCUAGACCUGUCCUGUAAUAAGCAAUCCGGUGGUGGUUUCAGCACAAUGACCACAAGCCUGUGUCUCCUCACACAUCUGAAAUGCUUGGACAUGCAUUUGUGUUGUCUCACAGAGGACGACAUACUGGAGCUGGUCCAAGCUGUUCCUUCUUUGGGUGAGCUCACAGAACUGGACCUGGGGUCCAAUAAAAGCGUUGGAGGUGUGAUCCGGUCUCUUCUGCCUGUCCUACCUCUCUCAAAGAUGAAGAAGCUUUACCUGAACAACUGUGGCCUGAGUCCUGAGACAUGCCAGGCUUUAGCCACCACCAUGCAGUCACUCAGGCAGCUGGAGUGUCUAAACCUGUCAUGGAACAAGAAUGUUGGGGAAAUUCUGCAGCAGCUCCUGGAACCUUUGCAGGCUGACUGUAAACUGGAGGAGCUGAGACUGAGUAGCUGUGACUUGACAACCGAGGACAUGCUUCACUUAGAAUCUGCUUGCGAGCGAGGGGCUCUGUCAAAGCUGAAGCUUUUGGACCUCUCUUACAACGGCAGCGUGGGUGAUGGCGGCUGGGUUUCGCUCUUUGGGGCAGUUGCUGGUCUAAAGGAGCUGCAGGAGCUGGACGUUAGCUUGCGGCCCUCUGCCUCUCUCUCUGCAUCCCCCUGGCUACCUGCCCUGCUGGACGCUCUGCCCCAGCUGCCUUCCCUGCGCCGUCUGUCCCUGCAGCGCUGGGCCCUCGGCGCAGGGGAGAGAGAGAAGCUGGAGAAAAGCCUGACCAAGAGGAACGUUGUCUUGGAGUGUGAUAAAGCCAUAGAGAAGGCGGCAGGUUAAAGAUUAGCUCCAGUUCACUAAAGAGGGCGCUGUAAUUUUAUAAAGCAUGCAUUUAAAUGAUUAAGAUACAGAUUAAUUUAUCACAUUUUCUGUCACCGUUUGAUGAUUUUUGUCAUUGUAUCAUCACUGUAAUGUCAAAAUUUCAACGUAUUUUUACAUUUUUUACACCAUUUUCCAUUUUCCAUUAUAAGAACAUUUCAUGAUGAAUGUUUAGAAUGUUUUUCUCUUCUCCUGUGAAGUAUUUAGAAGGCCUGGAGAGGAGCUUAGGAGCCAUUCAUGAGGUGAAAAGCAUUUUUAAGCUGAAAUGACUGCACUUAAAAGCCAAUUUUAUACUUCUAUAUAAAACCAAACUUAUUCAAAGGAACCUUAACAACUAAAUCUGCAGGGAUACUUUUCCACGCCUCUGAAGUUCAGUCUUAGAAGUUGGUUGAUGAUUUUCUGAAGUAAUC